AUGGAUCCAAAAAUUGCAAAGGAAUUGGUGAAAGCCAGACAAGCAGUCAAAGAAAAGUAUCGAGCAUUAAAGUCGGAUAUUGCCCAAUCGGAAACCAAAUUGCAAAAGCAGUGGAAACCUAUAUCGGAACCGCUGCAGCAGUUACUUGAAAAAGUAGAGCCAGUCAAAGUAAAACCAGAGAACUGGAAAUUAGAAUCUAAAACAUCAACACCUCAGAAAUCACCACUUUCACAGAAAUUAACACCGACAAAUAUAUACAAUAGAUACCUCCCCACUACUACAAGUUUCCUUGAAGACACAUUCUCUAACCUUCCCGAGCACUCUAUUUUACAAGACGUUUCCGGGAUAGAAGAAUCACGUCCCGAUGCUACAGUACUAGAACGAGAACGUGAUGUUGACGAGCAAAUGAUUGCUCACACACGGGAAGAGUUUCGGCGCCUAAGCAAAACACCUGGUUAUCAAAGUUAUUUAGAACAGUUCCAUCCAUUACCUCGUCAAUAUAUCGAUGAGUCUAUACGGGGGGAUGAAGAGAAUUUUGAUCGAUAUCACGGUAUAACACACGAUUGGAUCGGCGAAAAAUUAAAAUUGGGGAAUACCCCAAUAACCCUCGAGGAGUCGGAUAUAAUCUUAGACAAUAUCAGAUAUCCAGGAACGCCAGGUCUGUACGAGUUGUUGUUCAAGAAAGACCCUCGUGGAUAUAAACAGACCGAUCUGGAGCACUACAUGGAUAUGCUAAAACGGACCAAUGCAUAUCGACGUAAUUUUGAUUCUAAUUUACAAAUUCAAGGAGUAAACACUUUCAAGUAUAAAACAAUAAUUCGACCAUAUUUAGUAAAACACAAUCUAAUAAAAGUAUCCGCUGAGGGUGCAAGCAAAACGGGGUUUUUUUCAGAAACCGGCACCUCCUAA